GUGAAAAAAGCUUCAUGUUGCAGUAUUAUUUGGAGAAAAAUAAGAGCUACUCUUUCGCCGCAACGAUUCAUAUGUUAUUUGAUUUGUCUGGCAUCUUUCAAUAAUCUUCAUUGAAAAUUAGAAAUUUAAAUCGAACGCUAGAAACAAUAAAGUUCCACGUUGCUUAUUGUAAAAAUGUUGCGAUUUGUAACAUUUCUCUUGUGUGUGACUUGGUUGGCAACAGUGAAUGGCCAAGACAGUCACAAAGUAGUAGAAACAAAUAGUGGUAAUGUAAAAGGUCAACUAGAAAAAACGCUUUGGCUAGAAACACCGUUUUACUCUUUUAGAGGCAUACCCUAUGCUAAAGCACCAAUAGGCAAACUUCGAUUUAAGGCACCUGAACCGAUAAAAAAGUGGAAAGGUGUACGUAAUGCAUUUAAAUAUGGAAACAAGUGUGCUCAAAGAUUUGCAAUUUUUAACGAAAAAUCAGAAGAUUGCCUAUUUCUGAAUGUUUUCGUUCCAGCGAUCAAAAAUGAAAAGGAAAAAUUGCCAGUAUCACUUGUUUUACACGCCGGACUCUUUGCUGGAGGAUCUGGUGACGAGAUUUUACCAGAUUUUACCGUUGAAAGUGAUAUAAUCUUGGUAACUGUAAACUAUCGUCUUGGAAUACUUGGCUUUUUGUCAUUGGGAACUCCCAAAUAUUCAGGAAAUAUGGCAUUAAAAGACCAGCAAUUGGCGAUGAAAUGGAUUCAUGAAAAUAUUGAAGCCUUUGGAGGUGAUAAUAAAAGAAUUACAAUCAUCGGAGUAUCGGCAGGAGGAAAAGCCAACGGUUUUCACUUACUUAAUGAAGAGUCUUCCAAAUAUUUCAAUCAACAAAUUACAAUGAGUGCAACGUCAAAUAACAUAUAUAGCUUAAACAAUGGCGACCAUCGAUGCAUGAUGGAAAUUUUUUAUGCAAAACAUAAUUCAGGCAAAUCCAACUUGACGAAGCUAAUUGAUUUUCUUGAAAAGGCCAAUGUCGAUGAUAUACUUAAUUUUAAUCAAAACGCUAUUAGUGGAUUAAUUUCGCCGUGGACUCCAAUCAUUGAAAAAACAAAUGCCAAACGUUCAUUUUUUACUGAGGAUCCAAUGACUAAAUUUCAAACAACGAAAAGUAUAAACAAAGUUGCAUUUUUUACAUCAACGCAAUAUGUAAGUUUGAAAUAUUGGUAGUAGUAGUUAAAAAUGUCGUUUUUUUUUGUAAAAAUACAACAUUAUGCGUGUCAUUAGUUUGACAGUGACAAUAAGUGUCAAAAAUUUAUCAAAUUCCAUCUGUCAAAGUGAACACAAGUUUAUACACACAAGUUUUUUAUUG